GUGUAUGCUUGGUGCUGGUGUUCAAGCGACCUGACGCUCAUCACAACAUCACUGGCUGACAUCACAGUCAACUCGAGGCUGUCAUCAGGAGGUGUGAUCAACCUUUCACGAAGACAAGGAAGACCAUCUGCACCUCCUGUCUUAAAGAAGAAGAAUUUGAACGAUUAAAGGAAGGGUGUUAAAGGAUAUUUAAAGCACACCUGCUGUAUUUUAUGUGAAAUGUAGUUGUAAAGGUGUUUUUGUUUCUACAUAAGCAUUCUGGUCUGAUGUCUGAGACUGAUUCUCCAUUAGAGAGUCCGAUCAUCAUUGAAAAAAUGGAUCAUAGACAUCAUCGCUACCCUUGCUGUAUUGUGUGGACUCCAAUACCAUUAUUAACAUGGUUGUUCCCAAUCAUUGGUCACGUGGGCAUUGGUAAUACCUCAGGGGUGAUACGUGAUUUUGCUGGGCCAUACUUUGUGUCGGAAGACAACAUGGCAUUUGGCUGGCCCACCAAGUAUUGGGCACUAGACCCUUACAAAGCUAAGGGUGGACCGACAUCAUUUGACCGUUGUGUGUCUAUGGCCUCAGAAGAGUAUAUGGGUAGAAUGCAUAACUUGUUUUGUGAUAACUGUCAUUCACAUGUCGCCAUGGCUCUGAACUUAAUGCACUAUGAUUCCUCUACGUCAUGGAACAUGGUGAAGGUCUGCUGUAUGAUAAUGAUUCAUGGCCACUAUGUCAGUUUUGCAGGUUUACUGAAGACAUGGUUGCCAUUUGUGUGUAUUGCUGGAGGAAUUACUGCACUCAUUUGUCUACUGUGAAGAUUGAUGUGCCUUGACUACAAAUUUAAACUUUUCAUUAGGUUAUUUAGUUAUCUUUAGUGUAUUGAAGUUAUAGAACUUUAAUAUUAAUGAAUUCAUAAAUUGUUCAACAUUGAGAAACUGCAUUUAUGAAGUUAUGAUUAAAGGUGGUACUUUUAGUUUGAAAAUCUUAAAUUGCGAUUGCAGUAUGCUUUGAGGAUGGACUUGUCUAAAGGAUCUUUAUAUGCUAUAAAAUUAAGUUGUCCUAUGGCUUUCCCAUGGUCCAAACAUUUCAUAGCUUGAAAUUAUAUUAAACUUAUUUACGCAGAUAUAGAAUAUUUAUUUAAGCAAAACUGUUUAAAAUUAACCAGCCUCAAGAUCUGCAAACCAGGCCCAUCAACUUCCUCAUGCCUAAAACACUCAUAGGAACUUAAUUUUGUAACCUAACUUAAUAUUAAAAUAGUAAAUCCAA